AUGAGUGAUUGGAGUGAAUUUCAAAUACUUUCAGUAAUCCUGUAUGCGGUAACAGCCGUGUACUUUGCUGGAGUGAUGGUACGGUUAAUGUUAACGCUGACUCCUGUCGUAUGCGUUCUGUCCGGAAUUGCAUUUUCAUAUACGUAUGAAAAAUAUCUAGUGGAUGAAGGAGAGCAACCGAAGAGUGGCUCAGAAGAAGAGGAAAGUAAGCAUCUGUACGAUAAGGCGGGUAAGAGUCGCAAGGGUGGUUCGUGGACGAAUCAGUCGGUGAGCGACACCGAGGAGUCGUCGAUCGGCAUGAACACGAGG